AUGAGGGCUAAAUGGGACAUCCCCAAGGAAGUUGAGUUCAGACGAACGGGAGUGGAUUGGCUGCAGAACCUCCUUCUGCCACAAUCAGCUAGCAUCAGAAACAGGAUCUUGAUGAUACUGUGGAAAGCCUGGAGUCUCAGGAACAACACCAUCCAUGGGGAUGGGAAGGAUACUGUCACGGGAGCAAUGCAUCAACUCCUCAGACUGGGCGAAGAAUUGUUAGCGGCCGAGCAGGCUGUUAACAUGCCUGUUAGCAAACAAGCAAUCACACUUUUUGAUCAGAGCACAGCCAAGCCUGCACCCCCGGAAAAUAAUCGCUGGAUAGCACCUGCAACUGGGUAUAUAAAAAUCAACUGUGAUGCGGCCUUUCUUAAAGAGUCAGGGGACACUUGGGGAGGAGCAGUAGCUCGAGAUCAUCGGGGUUUUGUCCACUUGUCCGUCGGACGUCGGCUGAGCCAGUGCAACUCGGUAGAAGAGGCAGAGGCAGCUGCUGUACUGAUGGGAAUGUCUGAACUGUUGAACGUUUAUGGGGGACCUACAAUCCUGGAGGUGGACUGCGCUGCAGUGGGCCGGAACUUGAUCUCGGAGGACCCCUGCAAGUCGUCUAGCUAUGCAAUCAUAGCUGACAUAAAGAAAACCUCAAAUGCCUUCCAAAGGUUUGAGGUCAGGGUGAUCAACAGAGCUCAAAACGAGCUGGCUCACCAGAUUGCAGCCACAACAAGGGCAUCAGGUGACCACAAAGUGGUGGCAGGAGUGCAUGAUUCAGUGAGGCAACAGAUGCUGGCGUCGGGGAAGAACCUGCUCACCGGCGCCAACUUCGGCUCCGCCGCGUCCAGCUACUCCGACGACACGGCGGCCAUGUAUGACGCAAUCACGCUGUCGCAGCAGCUCAAGUACUACAAGGAGUACAGGUCGAAGCUGGCGGCGGUGGCCGGUCGGCGGCAGGCGCGCACCAUCCUCGCCGAGGCGCUGUACGUCGUGAGCACCGGCACGGGCGACUUCAUCCAGAACUACUACCACAACGCCUCCCUGUCCGCCCGCUACGACGUCGACCGCUACUGCGACCUCCUCGUCGGCAUCUUCUCCGGCUUCGCCGACGAGCUGUACAGGCUGGGGGCGCGGCGGAUCGGCGUGACGACGAUGCCACCGCUGGGGUGCCUGCCGGCGACGAUCAGGCUGUACGGCAAGGGCCGGAGCCGCACCGGGUGCCUGCCGAGGCUCAACCGUGACGCCGAGACCUUCAACCGGAAGCUGAACGCCACCGUGGGGGCGCUGGUGAGGCGGCACGCGGGGCUCAAGGUGGCCGUCUUCGACGUCUACACGCCGCUCCGGGGCCUCUCCGAGAGGCCGGCCGCGCACGGCUUCGCGGAGGCCAGGAGGACGUGCUGCCGGACGGGGAAGGCCGGGACGAGGGUGUACCUCUGUGACCCGGCGACGGCGGCCCGGAUGUGCCGGAACGCCAGCAGCUACGUGUACUUCGACGGCGUGCACCCGUCGGAGGCGGCCAACCUGGUCGUCGCCGAGUCCCUGGUGUCGGCCGGCAUCGACUUGCUCACCUAGUAAGCGUGAGGCGACAAGGGCGUACGUACUACUUGCAGCUGCAGCUGCUGCAGAUCGACCAACUUAUCUGGAGUGUGUGUGUAUCCAUGAGUGUAGCAAUUAAUGCUUCCAAUAUGUUUCCUACAAUGUGUGAGCCCUUGUUGCUAUAGCUAUGUAAUUUGUCGAAAAGCAUAAUUUGUGAAAAAAUGUAUGUUAAUAUAUUUUUCAACUCAA